CUGACAUUUGAUUAAAAGGGUGUUUGUGAGCGCUUAUUUGCAAAUAAAAUGCGUCAACUUUUCACAAGCAAAGCUGUUUUGCAGAAAGGAGGAUCCAAAUAUAAGAAAAUGGUACAUUGUCGAAUGUCAUGCAGCACCAUGCCAAAACGUAUGAUCACCACCAAGAACUGGAUAGCAAGAAACGAUUCUUCGAACGUCGACGCCAUCUUGCAUCCCCCCAGUCUGCCGACCGCUCCAUUACUCAAACAGGACGAGACAACCAAAGGCAAUGUCACAAGGAAGCCUAUGUUGAGUCAAAACAGCUGCUAUUGCACGCAUGUUGAUGAAGCUGCGAAGCCUACUCUGUUGAGCAAACCAAAGGAAUGCACCAGUAAAGAAGAACCCGAAGAUUUGAGAAUAUAUCAGUCUUCAAGUUGCGUCUGUGUUCUCGAACCUCGACAACUGGAGAUACUGAAAGACGCCAGGAAGGAACACGAUUUGAGUCCGACAGAGCACCGACAAAAAUACGAAGAAUUCAGGCAAGCUCAAGAGGAUGCGUAUGCGCUCAGCCUGGCAGAAGAUAAAAAACGGGAAGAGAAACGCCUGGAAAGUACAGAGAGUGCAGAACCAACCACGUUAUUGGGUACUCAAAAUUACGGAACACGUAGUUCGACUGUGGAUAUUCUUACGUCAGACGUCGAUCCGGACAACAUUGAAGCGAUACAGGAGUUUCGCCGUGAGCACUACUUUGAAACGCACGACAUUGGACAGUUAUGGGACGUGGGACAACAUACGUGCAUGCACGAAUUUGUCGUGGGCCAUGGAACGCAUCUCGAUCCGGUGAAUAGAGAUUGGCUUGGGAAUAGUAGAUGCGCCCUUUGUCACAAAACAAUAGGGACGACAGUUGGACCAAGUGUAUUUGGUGGGGGGCGUAAACGAACUUUAUUGAAGAAUCUGUCGAAGAGUUCCGAGUACGGUUUGGAACCGCGUGUAAUUCAAUCGGUACCGCCUGGUUCCAAAAUCAAACUUACAAUCAAAGGAGUUGGCGGGGAGGUGACGAGACCGGCACCAGUGCUGGAGUUUUGCAACAGCCUAGCUUUGAGACACCAGAAAAUGCGUUAAAUGGACCCUUUUUUGUAUUUUUAUAAUUGUAUUUAUUAAAUA